GCUCGAGAAGCACGCGUGCUCGUCGGACGACGCUUGCACCAAACGGGGGCCAGGUUUGUGUUUGUGUUUGUGUUGGUGUUGGUGCGUGGAGGAAAGGAUCGGCAGCAGCACGCAGCAGCAGCAGCAGCAGCAGUGGUGGGGGUCGCAGCAGCAGCAGCCUCGUGGCGGGGAUACGGUCUCAUUUGGUGAGGCGGGAUUCGUGGUAUCCGGGAGAGUGCAGCAACUCGUGAGAUCUUCGGUCAGCUCGUCGCAUUCGCUCCAGCCGCCUCAACAGCAAGGUAGACUACGAGUUCUCGCUCAUUUGCGCGGCUACAGCAGCAGUAGCAGCGCUCGCGGGGGAUAGGGGUCAUCGCGAGAGUGUCGUGGCAGCGGCGGAACGAGCAACGAGGUUCGUCGAGGUAUUCGGCUGACGUCGGAGCUCGAGAGGCACGCGUGCUCGUCGGACGACGCUUGCACCAAACGGGGGCCAGGUUUGUGUUAUUUAUGGUCCGGUUUUCAGGAAAGGAACAACCGCACGUCGUCGGGGCAGGACGCGCGCGCCCACGCUCCAUCGGUUGGGGCCCCACGACGUUUGCCGGGCUCUCGGUCGCAGGGACGCGGCAUCGCAAUGACUAUGCCGGCUUGGCUGGUCGCACGAGGACUCGGCGGUACCAGCACCAAUAG